AUGCAGCCGUUUCACAGCUUCAUUUCCUGUCACGUGAAGUGACGGUUCCGUAUUCAUCAGAAAAUACUUCACUCUUUAACUAAUGCUUCAGAGGAUGCCUUGGUUUUCUAAGGACACCAUGAGGACUAAUCUUUGCACACUUGUCUUCCUCUUCUCUCUACCAUGGAGCCUAAACGGCCAUUUAACAACCAGCCAUAAGAAUAUUGAGGUAACAAACACAGCAGGUAAUGCAUCAGGGUAUGUUAAGAACACUACUAAUUCUGGUACAGACAACGUGGUUUCACUUUCAAGAAGUGCUCAGACGCAGCACCUAAAGAGUCAUUCAGAGCAGCGAGGCAUCCUGCUGAGCACACCCAACGUUGACACCGAGACAUCAAACCAGAGUAAAAGCAUGAACAUACGUGAUGGCGAAUACAUCUUGACUACUACGCUAGCACAACCAGAAAGGCAAAUGAUACAGGAAGAGGUAACAACUCCACAAAAGGAAAUACGAAAACCGACAGAAGGCUCCCGCAGACCGCAUUCUACAUCUCUUUUACAGAUUGAGAAAGCUAAAGAAUUGAAUAUUUCGACUAAACCACCCAAUGCCACAGAGGCAGAUGUUUCGCCAAAGGAAAAAACGAGCAUAGGAGCUAUGGAGACACUGGAAGCCACUCAGGAAACACCUUCUACUUCUGAUUUCACUGGACACUAUGGUGACGUGCAAACCAACAAAACAGUAGUGAAGGGCAGCAAUAACGAUACAAAUGGAGACCUUCCUACAAUGGAGACUACAGACAAACCAAACCCAUUGACUCAUGCCCACACUUCUGCAAUAACGUCAAAAGAUUUCAACAAGACUGUAAGCACCAAUAGUGUGGAAACCACAGAGAGUGAAGUCAUCACAGACAGGUGGACAAGCACGCAAGGUCCUGAGCUUAAGACUUCAUCCAUGAUUGAGCCAACAAAGACAUUGUCGACCACUAAAAAAACCACCACAAAGCGAAUUUACCCUCCACCAAAUAAUUUCCAGAAAGCGAACCCAGCUCCUGCUGUGGCAGCUGUGAUCGGCACCACUUUUGUUUUGAUGUUCAUAGCAAUCAUUUUUAUCUUGUUGAAGAAGCGCAAAAUGCAGAGAAAGAGGCUUGAAAAUCCUGAAUGGGCCGGACCCUCACCGUUUCUGGAUGGCGACGUUCAACCAAACCUGCCAAAUAUGGAUGAGUCCGAGACAAUCAACGGACGAGGCUUUAACCAGGUGUCCAUUUCCAGAUACCUCCCCCAACAGCUCUCCAAACACCUGACGCUCGGAAAGAACACGAAUGAGGAAGUUAUCAUGGGGGACAUCCUGCAAGGAAGCACAUUUGGCAGACAAAAUCCAGAUGAGGUCCAAGCCUCCAACAGGAACCCAACGGUUGCUCAGGACUCAACUGUGGAGGAGGAAAAUGAAAUCCAGGCAGGUCAAGCAUCCGUGGAUUCUUUGGACAGCAAAACAUUUGGAUCAAGAAGUGCACAAGAACCUGUGAUGGAGAGCAAAAUAUCAAAGCAGACUGAUGACCUCACCCCAUCUCUAUCUUCUGGCAUGGACACUGUAAUUAAACCUCCACCUUUAGUGUCUAUAGAUCUUGAUUCCCUUUCAGAAGAAGUAAUUCCUUCGCAAACAUCAGAUGGGGGAAUUGUUCCACCUGCUCCACCACUGCCCUAAUCUCAUUUAACAAAAUCCUCUCUACCGCUAAAUACUAUAUAAGCAAGAUAACCAACAUACUCAGAUCUGCUUUCUUAAAGUCAAAAUAUUCAAAGACCAUUUCUUGCAAGGGAUUUACAACCUACUUUGCUUGUUCAAGACUGUUAAAGAUACAUUUCUCAAAAGGCUUUCUCAAUUGCUCAGUUUUUUUUCUUAUCCAUUACACAGUUAUCAGUAUCACACAACUGCUACACAUGACUUCCUACUUCAAGACAGAGCCUGUACAUACUGUUAAAGGUUAAUCAAAGUCAAAUAGCAGCAUAUAACUACUUUGAAGAUAACUAAAUGCCACAAACUCCAAUUCUGAUUUCAUUUGGUCUUUGUCAUUUUAGCACUUUGAAAAGUAACACUCUUCAAACCAAUAAAAAAAAAGUCUCAUGAAAAGUUAAAACAGGCUUGGUCAAGGCAGUACAUGUCCUCAGAUAAAACAGUUUGUGUCCAUGAGAAUGCAUGGCGCGCUUGUACAAAAACCACAGCAUGUACAAUCUUUGUACCUACAUGCACUGUUAAACACGUGUAACCUAAAGAGGGAAUGUAGCCACAAUCUGGAGCCAAUUUUCAAAUGAAUGAGACACUUUUAACCGUGAUGAACUGUCAGAAGAACAUUACAACAGCAGCUCAAACAACUCACUUAUACUAAAAAUAAAAAAAAAUGUUGCAACAC